AGCCAAGAUGCCCUGGGAGGGUACCGUUUCUCAGCUCGCCAUGGUCACCAUGGUGAUAUGAAGCCAGUGUGAAACAUUGACACACAAACACACACAGACCCACACGCAGACGGUCAGUUAUUGACUGACACAGCCAGCCAGCCAGCUCGGCGGGCAGGCGUGUGUAAUGGACAGGUGUAAGCAUGUGGGGCGGCUGCGGCUGGCCCCGGACCACUCCAUCCUCAACCCCCAGAAGUGGCACUGCGUGGACUGCAACACCAGCGAAUCAAUAUGGGCCUGCUUGGGCUGCGCUCAUGUGGCGUGCGGGCGCUACAUUGAGGAGCACGCUCUGCAGCACUUCCAGCAGCAGCACCACCCGUUGGCGAUGGAGGUUAAUGAACUUUACGUUUUUUGUUAUUUGUGUGACGACUAUGUCCUGAAUGAUAACGCCACAGGAGACCUGAAGCUGCUUCGUAGUACGCUCAGCGCCAUCCAGAGCCAGCGCUAUGAGGUCACCACUCGCAGCGGGCGCACCCUCCGCUCUGCUAGCGCAGCCGCCGAUGCUCUUAUGCCAUCAGGCGCCCGCGAGCUGCAGCUGAGGGACGAGGACAGGAUGUUUACUGCGCUCUGGCAUCGUCGCAGGGCACUUAUGGGACGUGUCUUCCGCUUCUGGUUCGCACUGACUGAAUGCGGAAAGAAGCGGGAGGAAGAGGAAAGACAGAGAGAGGAAGAGGAGGAGCAGAAAAGGGAGGCGAGGGAGAGGAGGCGGGCUCUAAAGAGGCAGCUACAGGAGGAGCUGGAGAAUGCCCCCCUCAGGAAGAGUCGACGGUUACGUUCGAAGAGCCAGAGAGUUGCAGAAGCUGUGAUCACAACGCCGUCUCGGAGGUUGCGCAACAAAACAAAAACCCCUGAGCCCCCGCCUCUCACACGCAGGCCAAGGACUCGUAGCCCUGCCACUGCCACCCCCAAGAGAAGUGGGCGGACGAAAAAGGUCCGACCGACUCCCACACCCCGGAGCCGCUCCUCUACCACCAAAUCUAAGCCCAAAACGCCCUCAGCAACCCCCCAUUCUGCCCAAACACCUGUUCGCCGCAAGCAGAGUACCAAACAAGGUGGCUCGCCCUUUAAACGGCGUCCCACGGUCACGCCCGGAGUGACGGGUCUGAGGAAUUUAGGUAACACGUGUUACAUGAACUCCAUCCUGCAGGUGCUGAGCCACCUUCACGUCUUCAGGGAGUGCUUCCUGCGCCUGGAUCUCACCCAGGCGCUGGAGCUUCUGGCAUCUGCCGUCCACGGCCAACUGGCAGGCAAAGCCUCAUCCCAGUCGCCCCUGAUCCAAAGGAAGGGGCUCCAGGCCAGUUCAGGCUCGGGGGCCGGGCUGAGCGGAGGGGCCUCGCGGGCCCGCAGCAUGGAGCUAAUCCAACCCAAAGAGCCCAGCUCGAAGCACAUCUCGCUCUGCCACGAGCUGCACACCUUGUUCCAGGUCAUGUGGUCGGGCAAGUGGGCGCUGGUGUCGCCUUUUGCCAUGCUGCACUCGGUGUGGCAGCUGAUCCCGGCGUUCAGGGGCUACGCUCAGCAGGACGCUCAGGAGUUCCUGUGCGAGCUGCUGGACAAAGUGCAGCACGAGCUGGAGAGCACCGGCAAGCACACGACCACGGCGGGAGUCCCGCAGACGCAGAAACGACUUAUCAAGCAGGUGCUCAGUGUGGUCAACACCAUCUUUCACGGCCAGCUUCUCAGCCAG